GCGCUAAAACGAUCACUGCUGCGUUCAGCUGUGUUUACAUCGCUACGACGCGACAGGGAAACGGAGUUUGAUAUUUCGUUUUCACAUUUCUUUAUUUAGGGCGUUGUAUUAAACGUUAACGACAAACACUGAUGCGGAACAGUAAAUGUCUCGCAACUGACAACGUUGCGUAGAGAUGUUAUUGCUUUAAUGCGUAAAAUCCGUCACACGCUGCUGUAGCUGUCACUUGAAAGUCAACAUAAUCCUAAAAGGUGGGCUUCCUAAUUCAUAAAAAGAUGAGCCAGGAGGCAUCCAUCCAUAGCUGGCCCGGCUCUUAUUACAUCAACAGCGAGAAACGCUGGGCCAGCGGCAUCCUCUCCUUAUCUCGCACCACCCUUCGCUUCAACUCCGAGCCGAAUCAGGAGAAUCUGAUCAGCCUGAGGCUCUCCCGCAUCAUGGAGAUCAAGAUGGAGUCGUCCAGCUUCGUUUUCAGUGCUCUUACUGUGUUGGAGCAGGGAAACAUCAAGCACUGGUUUGGCUCUCUCAAGCCUUGCCGUACUGUGGUUUACCACGUGCUAGAGCACUUCUGGAGGGAGCGGCUGCUGUCACCCACAGAGCCCCGUGGAGCUGAGGCUGCUCUCAGUAAGGGCCAGGAGCUGAUCAGCCUGAUAUCUGGAGCCCAGCGGAGGCUGGAGGACACUGGGAAAGUCCUGAACCACCAGGGAGAGCAGUUUGACAACAUGAUGCAAGGCCUGGACAAGAUCGAGUCAGACCUGAGCGUGGCAGAUAAACUUCUCUCUGAACUUGAGUGUCCUUCUUGGUGGCCUUUUGGCAAGCUGCCAUGGAAGAGCCACCAGCAGGCCAAGUCUGAGGCAGCAGCCAAAGCGGCCUGCGCUAAAGGUCCGGCCAAGGGCCAAAAAGUCAUAACCAGCAUUCCAGCUAUUGUCUCCCAUGUUGGAAGCUCUGGAACCAUGAAACCAGGUAGCCUUGUAGUGUUGGUCUCCUCUCUGGAGCUUCGAGAUGCAAACGGACAGCUCCUCCAUUGCUUUGAGAAGGAAGAGGUGGAUGAUGUGUAUGUGCACAGCCCCUACGAGAUCAGUGUUCGGCAACGCUUCAUCGGGAAACCUGACAUCUGUUUCCGAAUUCUCUCUGCCAGGAUGAUUGAAGCUUUAUCUGUACUGGAGAUGCAGUAUAAGAAGAAAGUUGAGAUCACACGUGACUAUGCAGAAUUUCAGGCAACUUUGGCAAACACUACAGGAAGUCCAGAAGGUGGAGGAAACCCUUGGAGUGCAGGUCAUGGGCAGGAUGUGGAGGUGCCAGUGGAGGUGUCUGCUGGGGAACUCACACAGCUGCAACUUCAAGUGCUUCAGCCCACUGUAACUGAAGCAGAGGCACAGGAGCUAAGACAGAUGCUCCAGCAGCUGAAGAAUCUAGCCCUGGAGGCUGAGACCGAGCUGGAGCGUCAAGACGAAGCUCUGGAUGAACUGAGCUGUUCUGCUGACCGCAACACCAUGAACAUUAACAGACACACUCGCCGCAUGAGGAAACUACUUUGAACUUAAUGUCACCAGAUAAAUGGUCCACAUGGAUCUGUAACCAGUGUCAUUUUGCAUGGCUUAGCAACUUCACCCCACUGGAAGGAAACAAAGGAGAGCACUACGGCAGAUUUUAAACACUGUAAUCAAUUUACGGUUGUUGUGUAAAUUGUGACAUUUCAACAUUUCACAAGCUUUUGUACAUUAUCAACCCUUUAACAGUAAUGCACUAGAAUCCUGCUUUGUCAUUGUUUCAUGUGUGGUAAUUAAAUUUU